AAUUGCGUGUGACCAAAUUCAUCUUCUGGUUUAUUAUUUUUAACAGUGAGUGUGAUUCCAUUUUCAGUUUUUCACUCACACUAAUGACGAGAUUCUGACUAAUAGUAUAUCUCUCACGAUGGUAUUUUUUUGUUUUUUCGAUUCCUUUGUACGGAUUUCUUUCCUUCUCCUCUAUUAUUUAUUCGAUUGUAGGAAUAUUUUUCUCUAUGAUAUUCACAUAGGCCCCCACCAGAUUUUCAGAAAAUCUCUAUUUUUAUUAAUACUAUUUUUUUCAAAGAUAAAAGUUCAAUUUUUCAACCCUAAAAGCACGGCACAAAAGAAAAUAUAAAAACAUAAUUUUCACAUAAAUAGGAACCAAAGAUUUUGUUGGAUUUUCCUCGCUGGAGAUUUAAAAAUAAAAAUUGAAAAAACCAAAAAGACACACUGAUAAAAGAUUGAUUUGUUUUUUUUAGAGAAAAAAAUCAGAAAUAUAAAAAACUGUCUUAAGGAAGAGAAAGGAACAAAAGAAACAGAUGUGAGCUCUUCUUCUUCUUCUUCUUCUCUCUUUUAUUCUCAUCCUCUCCUUACACUUACUACAAACUCGUCUAUGGCCAGAGACGGUGGUGUUUCUUGUUUACGGAUGUCGGAGAUGAUGAACGUCGGAGGAAUUGAAUCUGCGCCGUUGGAUUUAGAUGAAGUUCAUGUCUUGGCCGUCGACGACAGCCUCGUUGAUCGGAUUGUUAUCGAGAGAUUGCUUCGUAUUACUUCCUGCAAAGUUACGGCGGUAGAUAGUGGAUGGCGUGCUCUGGAAUUUCUAGGGUUAGAUAAUGAGAAAGCUUCUGCUGAAUUCGAUAGAUUGAAAGUUGAUUUGAUCAUCACUGAUUACUGUAUGCCUGGAAUGACUGGUUAUGAGCUUCUCAAGAAGAUUAAGGAAUCGUCAAAUUUCAGAGAAGUUCCGGUUGUAAUCAUGUCAUCGGAGAACGUAUUGACCAGAAUCGAUAGAUGCCUUGAGGAAGGUGCUCAAGAUUUCUUAUUGAAACCGGUGAAACUCGCCGACGUUAAACGUCUGAGAAAUCACUUAACUAAAGACGUUAAACUUUCCAACGGAAACAAACGGAAGCUUCCGGAUGAUUCUGAUUCCGUUAACUCUUCGCUUCCUCCGCCGUCACCUCCGUUGACUAUCUCGCCUGAAUCGUCGCCGCCGUUGACUAUUUCGACUGAAUCGUCGGACUCUUCUCCGCAGUUAUCUCCAGUGGAGAUGUUUUCCACCUCGCCACUUUCAACUCCAAUAGACGAUGACGAUGUUUUGACGACGUCGCCGGAAUCGUCGCCGGAGGAUUCGCCGAUUCGACGGCAGAAGAUGAGGAGUCCCGGAUUAGAUUAGUGGAACUAUUCUGGGAUGCCGUGUAAUAUCUAUCUCCGUUAACUUUUUUUACCUUUGACGGUGUUUUUAAUUGCACGUUGACUUGACGCCGUCAAUUUUAUAGAUGUCCUUAAUCUCUCGCGCCUCCACGUGGGCCUUUUUCCUUUUCCUUAAAGCUUUUCGAAUAUCUUAUAAUUAUUUUAAUUUCUGCACAAAGUUAUGAUUUUGACCUU